UUGUAGUUCAUGAUGACCUGUCAAACGUAUGGCCUUUAUGUCAAACAUAUGGUUGUUUCUAAUUAAAUCUGCCAAUUGCAAAAUUGCUCUUAAACGCAUGAAAAGCUGGAACUAUAUAACAAGAACGUCAACAUUGUGGGCAUUUUUUCCUUUGUCAGCCAUCUAACUCAACUACGCGUCUUUGGGCAUGGAGGCCCACAGUUCAGGUCAGCAGCUCUCACGAAAGAGGAAGCGAGAGGAGGGGUCAAACGGAGAGGCAGAGGAUGGAGAGUGCAAAGCAAAGGUCUUACGCCACACGCCGGGCUUGACAGAGCCAGCGCCCUUUGCCGAUGAGCUGGAAAAGGUGACCGGUGGGUAUGUACGCGUGACUAUGGAGGAGGCACAGAGGGGAACUCCUCCGGACCGGCCAGUGAGAGUGUACGCUGACGGCAUCUUUGACAUGUUCCAUUCGGGGCAUGCCCGGGCCCUGAUGCAAGCCAAGUGCCUCUUCCCCAACACCUACCUCAUUGUAGGAGUGUGCAGCGAUGACCUCACGCACAAGUUUAAGGGCUUCACUGUCAUGAACGAGGACGAGCGCUAUGACGCAAUCAGCCAUUGUCGCUACGUGGACGAGGUAGUGCGUAACGCACCCUGGACGCUCACGCCCGACUUCCUGGCCGAGCACAGGAUUGACUUUGUCGCCCACGAUGACAUCCCUUACUCAUCUGCAGGGAGUGAUGAUGUGUACCAGCACAUCAAGGAUGCGGGCAUGUUUGCUCCCACACAGCGGACUGAAGGCAUCUCAACUUCGGACAUCAUCACACGCAUCGUCCGGGACUACGACGUAUACGCGCGGCGCAACUUGCAGAGAGGCUACACCGCCAAGGAGCUCAACGUCAGCUUCAUCAAUGAGAAGAAGUACCACCUGCAGGAGCGCGUGGACAAGGUGAAGCAGAAGGUGCGGGAUGUGGAGGAGCGUUCCAAGGAGUUUGUGCAGAAGGUGGAGGAGAAGAGCAUUGACCUCAUCCAGAAGUGGGAGGAGAAGUCCCGCGAGUUCAUCGGCAACUUCCUGCAGAUGUUUGGCCCGGAGGGGGCGCUGAAGCACAUGUUGAAGGAGGGGAAGGGCCGGAUGCUGCAGGCCAUCAGCCCCAGGCAGAGCCCCAGCAGCAGCCCGACGCGGGAGGAGGACGAGCAGCAGCGCUCGCCCUCGCCCUCGUUCCGCCUGCCCUUCUUCACCAAGACGCCGCCCUCGUCCUGCUCGCCCCCCCUCCACAGCAGCAGCCUGCAGAGCAUCAGCGAGGACGAGGACGACGAGGACUGAGCUGACCGCCGAUCGACCGCCGACCGAUGCCUCUCUUCCUGUCACCUUCCUCUCACUCGCUCCCUCUCUCCAAUCCCACUGUCGGCUUCCCUCUCUCUCAAGGCGAUCUCACCCCUCCGUCCGUGUUGGAGUUCAACCGCAUUCGCACACACACACGCACACACCUCAGCUUUGAACCACAGACGAGCGCAAAAGGGAUCAAGCGCUUUUCCAAAAUAUUUUUUCCCUAAUUCUUAUCGGUUUCUGCCCUCUGUCUUGUCUUCCCUUCAUCCACCUGGCUGGUGGAAUUGUGUGCAGAGGUGAACUGUGAACUGUUUUUGGAGGCGGGAGUGUUCAAACGUCUUGUGGGCCUUUUGGGUCUUUGCGACUCUUUUUUUCCUGAACAUUCCAAGCACAAGGUGAAGGAGUGAUAUGGCGCGGCCCUGUUCUCGUCAAAGGUCUGAGGGGGGGCCCUCUAGUGGAAGAACUCAUUCAUUGCGGGGCUUUUUUUUUUGUUCUCUUUUGCCCAACCCUGUUGCAAACACACACACACACACACACACACCCUCUCUCUCUCACACACACACACUCUCACACACACACACACACACACACACACACACACACACACAUAAUUCCUUUUAUAAUCCCUCCGACUCAGUCGUCGGCCACGCCUGACAGACUCUGUACCCCAUUUGCCAAGGCCCAUUGGCAAGACCACAACACAGUGAAAUGGAGAGCGAUAGACACUGAUUGUUUGCACCGCUGCAGUGUCGGGGGCAAUUCCACAGCCUUCUUGUUUUCUUUAUUUCUCUCACCUCAAACGUAUUACAUUUCCGUGAGCACUCUAAAAAUGAUUUUAGUGGUGCGUGCCCCCCACCUUCUUUCUUUGUUGUACUACUACACCUGUUUAUAGGUCACUGUUUUAGGCACAUUUGUUUUGUCUUUACCUCUGUGUGAAUGUUUCGUUCAUGGCAGCCACUGUUCUUUUUAUGGUCGCUUGAAAUCCAGGAGGAUGUUAGCAGCUCUCACCUGUUUUUGGUUUGAUUUCGUUCCAGUGGGAGUCCGAGCACGCUCCGCACAUGUUGUGGUGGUACGGUCCACAGGGUGGGGUGAGGGGGGGGGGUCAGGGGAUAUUACACUCACGUUUUGCACACUGAAAUGCACCAUCAUCUCGUCCUGUCGUCUGAAUGCCUUCAUUCCUGAACAAAGGCAGGGGUCCCAUUCCAGACACUCGCUGUGGGAAGAGGAUCUCCCUCCCUCCCUCCCUCCCUCCCUCCCCCAUUUGGGUGGCAGGAACUAACUAGGGUUUGGGGACCGAGUGAGCAGAGAGAGUGAAGACUGGGGCAUGCGUGUGUAUUUUUUUUUGGUGUGGGGGGCACGAGGGGCUGUGCAAGGCAGGCAGGCAGGCCUCAGAACGUUUUUUUUCUCCCUACAUGGAGUCGUGGAAUGCUGGUCCUCCUCUGCUCCCCGCUGGGAGACACGGCGGUGCAGUGAAGCACUAACUUAUCGCCGUGGCCAAAAAAGAGAGAGCGAGAGAGAGAGAGUGUACUCCAUUAUCAGUUACUCCCCCUGUUAUCUGUAAGGUGCUCUCUCUCUCUCCUUCUGCCUCUCUCCCGUGGCUCUCUCUCUUUUUUUUAAUGCUCUUAAAGCGAAAGCCUCAAUACUCUUUUAUCUUUUUCUCUCCCUUCCUGUACUUCCGUGCAUCACCAAAUGUUUUAGCCUACGGCUGUGGGUCAGGAAGCCUUUUAAAAAAAAAAAAAACUCUCCUGACCAUUAUUUUUAUUGAUUAACAUUUCUAUGCAUUCAUGUUCAUCUUUUUUGCAUUUUUAGUUCAUAAAUAAUAGAAGAAUGUAAUUUCAUGGGUUGAAUGUUGAGAUGCAUGGCAGUGCUCUUUCUUUCUUUCCCUGCAGUACUCUCUCCCUCUCCCUCUCUCUCUCUCUCCCUCUCUCUCUCUUCCUCCCUCUCUCGUUCCAGUCUGCAGUGGAAUCGCUGUCUGUCUGUCUGUCUGUGUGUCCGUGUGAGCGCGGCUACAUUCCCAAGCCAGGCACCAGCAGACACUGUUAAGCUCUCAGCAGUGUGGUGGCACCUCUCCAGGGCCUGUAGGGACCCAUUUCCAAGCCACUGUUUACAAUGCCCCGGCCCUGCCAGAGACAGUGUUAAUCAAGAAGCGUGUGCACUUGCACUUGCGGCCAAAAACUAAAUUGCCAGAACUAGCGCGGCGAUCAUGUAGGUUGUGUGUGUGUGAGUGUGAGUGUGUGAGUGGAGGGGGGGUGGAGGGUGAGUUUUUUUGUGAUACCCUAAGCUCUCUUGGCACUUGUGUGUGCGUCUGAGUAUUGUGUGCCUGAACCCUUGUGCCCUCUCCCAGCCCAAGACCCAGCCAGACGUCUCGCGAGCGUCGUCACGUGACCACCAGCAUUCCCCAUGACCCCACUCCACCCCACGUUCCUCUCUAUGUGCCAGUAGCUCACCUUAAAGCUACAUUCCGGAACACUAUAUGCUGCCCUACGUAUGUGCUAUGUACUGAUCUACAGUAGGUCAGUGGGGCUUACAGGAUACACCAAAAUAGGAGUUUCGAAGGGCUGCUGCACUAUGGUCCUCUCUGAGGUGCUAGGAAUGUUACUGUGCUGACUUCAUCAGAUAUGAAUUUUUCCAUUCUGUCCCCCAGAAGCACUAAAAGUAAACGUUUGUGGAAGGGGCAAGUCUGCCCAGCUUCUCUGAUGUAGUUUGAGCUCAUAACGAGUCAAGGGACUAUUAGUCAUCUUGUGGACAUCACAAAUCCAAACACUGUAACUGAAAAUGUAAACUACUCCUUUAGUCUGCACAGCUUCAGAAGUUAUUCAAAGUGUAUCUUUUAAACGUUUCUGUCCUGUGUGCCGCCUUUAGAAUUCAGUCUUCCAUUGACACUAGCAGUUGUUGCUUUUAUGAACUGUGGAACCGAGGGAUUAAAGGAUGAUAUCGGUCAAU